AGAGGCGCGGGAGAAGUUUGUCGGGUCGAUAAUUCAGUCUUGCGCGCUCAAAACCCUCUCAUUUUCUUCUAAUCCAUUUCUCGCGAAUCUCUCUUCUCUCCUGCUUCCUCAUUGCCAUCUUCUCCUCUGCGUCAUACACUGCUCGCUGAGACAGACAACGAACCAGCCAAACCCCGCGACGGCAGCCCCUCAGUCUCCCAACUCACCAGCCUCAACUUAAGCCAGUUAGUUACAAUGGCGGCUCCCAAGAAGGAUGAUCUCAGCAACCUCUCCUUCAUUCUCAACAAGCCCAACGAGGUGACCUUUUCCGAACGUCCCAAGCCCACCCUCUCCUCACCACACGAUGUGCUCGUCGCCGUCAACUACACCGGCAUCUGCGGCUCCGACAUCCACUACUACCUCCAUGGCGCCAUUGGGCACUUUUUCGUCAAGGACCCCAUGGUCCUGGGCCACGAGUCGUCCGGUACCGUGAUUGAAGCGGGCGAGGGCGUGUCCAGCCUCAAGGUCGGUGACAGGGUCGCCAUUGAGCCCGGCUACCCAUGCAGGCGGUGCCACGACUGCCGCGCGGGACACUACAACCUGUGCCCGGAGAUGGCCUUUGCUGCCACGCCGCCCUACGACGGCACCCUGACCGGCAUCUGGUCCGCCCCCGCCGACUUUUGCUACAAGCUGCCCGACAAUGUCAGCCUGCAAGAGGGUGCCCUCAUCGAGCCCCUCGCCGUCGCCGUCCACAUUGUGAAACAGGCGACCAUCACACCCGGCCAGUCCGUCGUCGUCAUGGGCGCCGGCCCCGUUGGCCUGCUGUGCGCUGCCGUGGCCAAGGCCUACGGCGCCUCCAAGAUUGUCAGCGUCGACAUUGUCCAGUCCAAGCUCGACUUUGCCAAGGGCUUUGCCGCCACGCACACCUACUCGUCCCAGCGUGUGUCGCCCGAGGAGAACGCCAAGAACAUCCUCGAUCUCGUCGGCCUCCCGCGCGGCGUCGACGCCGUCAUUGACGCCUCGGGCGCGGAGCCUUCCAUCCAGACCUCGCUGCACACCGUCCGCAUGGGCGGCACCUACGUCCAGGGUGGCAUGGGCAAGCCGGACAUCAACUUUCCCAUCAUGGCCCUGUGCCUCAAGGAGGUCACCGCCAAGGGCUCCUUCCGCUACGGUGCUGGUGACUACCAGCUGGCCGUCGAGCUGGUCGCCACGGGCAAGGUGGACGUGAAGAAACUGGUCACGGCAACGGUGGCUUUCGAAAAGGCGGAGGAGGCGUUUAAGAAGGUCAAGGAGGGCGAGGCCAUCAAGGUGCUCAUCGCUGGGCCCAACGAGAAGAUCUAACUAGGCACGGUCCAUAAUAAUGAAGAAAACAGGCAUUCGGCCGAAUGCGGAUUCAGUCUGUAUCUCCGUACACCUGAAAUGAAGAAUCACAAGCGGCAAUUAAUACUUGUACAGGGCGAUUCGUAACAUGCACCCUCUGCAUAAAAUAAGCUUGCUGAUCGACAGAGCCAAGUCUCGAUUGGUAGGA